CGUGAUUAGACACAGCUGACAUUUCUCUGAAGGAAUUUCGGAAAUAGUUCACGGCAGAUAGCAAACUUAACUUGGGGACUAAAGGGAAAUCUUGUUUGAACAUUCCCAAACCCCAGAGUGUAGAGCUUAGUGCCAGUUCUGACAGCAGCAAGAUGGCAGACAUGUCGGUGGAAGAUAUGACAAUGAGGGCAAACCAGUUGACUGAUGAGUCUCUGGAGAGCACGAGACGAAUGCUGCAGCUGGCAGAGGAGAGUGAGCAAACGGGGGCCAAAACCAUGAACAUGCUCAACCAGCAAGGAGAGCAACUGCGGGAAGUGGAACGGGGAAUGGACCAGAUCAAUGAGGACAUGAAACAGGCAGACAAAAACCUUACUGACCUGUCGAAGUGUUGUGGCUUAUGUGUGUGUCCCUGUGAUAGAGUGAGGUCCAUUGAGCAUGAUGGGCGGUAUAAGCGGACAUGGGGGACUGGAAGUGAUAAUGCCAGCACAGAGGGAGGAGAGGGGCAUGUGGUGUCCAGCCAGCCAGCCAGCAAGCGCAAUGGCCAGGCUGGUGCUCCAGUGUCAUCCUCUGGUCCCUACAUCAAGAGGAUAACAAAUGACGAUCGGGAGGUAGAAAUGGAGGAGAACUUGGACCAGGUGGGAAGCGUCAUCGGGAACUUGAAGAACAUGGCUCUGGACAUGGGCAAUGAGAUUGACAAGCAGAACAAGACCAUCGACCGCAUUAAUGAAAAAGCUGAUAUGAAUAAAGUUCGUAUUGAUGAAGCCAACCAGAGAGCCAACAAGCUUCUGUAGAGAGUUAACUUCUACAGAUAUGGAUGAGCAGUUUCUCUCUCUCUCUCUCUCUCUCUCUCUCUCUCUCUCUCUCUCUCUCUCUCUCUCUCUCUCUCUUCUGAAGAUUAAACAAUUCCACCUUCAGAAAUACUGUGUGCCAGCUGUGCCUUUUUCUUAGUUUAGAUGCUAUUUUGUAAAUAGAACACACACACACCUCUUGUACAAUCAGGACUUUGCCUCUAUAUGUGAAAUAUGAAUGAGAUACAUAACGUAGUUUAGUUGUGUGAGAAGCUCUUGUUACUGUUGUCUUGUCUGUGCAUAUUGUACACAUAGAGAUGUGAUUUUUAACAGGCUCUCUCCACCUGGGUUCAUGGCUGGUUGUUCCCUUACUCUUCUUUUUCCAUAAAGGAACCAAUGGCAUCUCCACAUGUCUGUGGGUGUUGACCCUGAUAGCCUGUUAAAAGUCUAUUCUAACCCCCUCUAAGAAAGUUUAUAAUAGGUCUUUUUUUUUUUUUUUUCAAAAUAUCUUCCUACAUCUGUUGACUGUAUUCAUAUUUAUAAAAGGGUAAGGAACCAUGUCUUGUGAAGAAGAUUUCCAUAAUUAUAUAUUAAUAGUGUAUUGUUCUCUCCCCCAUUGCAAUCAGUUUGCAUUAUAAAAAUGAGCUAUGUUGAUUAGUAAAAGUUUUGUAUGAUGUGAACAAAAUGUUUGCUUAUGUAAUAUAAAAUAUGGAGAAUUCUUGGUUAUUCUCAUGUAAAAUGAAUAGUUCAUAAUAGUAGGUGUAGAACUAUAAAAUGUCCAUUUUGUUUCUAAUAAAGCCAAUAUAAUUACUUUAAA